AUGGAGGAAACUAGGCACUACAGAGCGCAACGGCGCUCAUCACAAGACGAUUACAUUUCAGAGUGCCAUAGACAGGACGAAAAGCUGCGAAGCUACACAUUUCCAGUAUACCUAGAAACCCACCGUAAAUGGAAACCAGUAGCCAGCGACGAGUGUGCCCCUAGUCCCAAAACCCAAUACACCAGGCUGGGCGUUAGUAGUGCUGCUGCAGAAGAGAAAGAUAAGCGGGCGACCGCCUGUACAGGGGGAGGAUUAUUUGCAGAUGAGUUUUCAACCAAACCAGAGACCAGCGGGAACUGGUGCACACACAGAAACACUGCUUUGGACAUUGUGUCGCGGAGACCAUCGCUGGGACAGCUCAGGCACAAUAGUUUGUUUUCGAUGGUUUCCUUCAGCAGUAGAAGCGAAGAGUCAUCGCCGACUGCGCGAAAGCCACACCACAGACGUAGCAGUGCUGUUUCGAUGGAAAAGAACGUGGCCUGGCGGCUCAGCUUGCAAUUCGGCGAAGGUCAUGUUGGCAGUAAAAAAGCGUACACACAGGAUAAUAGGUCCAGCACAAGUCAUGACCUCCAGUCGCCGCUUGCCCUUAUGGCUCAUACUUCAGAGCAACUAAGAAGGAAUUCCGACUGCAACUUUAAGGCUGAGGCCCAGCUUUGGACACGCGGAAUUCGAAAGUCUAACUCAGUGUAUGCUGGCUUCCCCGAAACUGGCGAUCAAGUUCCCAAAACUAUUGAGCUCGAUCUUUCUCGGCAUCUUACCUCAUCUGAAUACAGCCCAACCUCUGUCGUAGCGCGGGCAAAGCCGGAACACGAAUGUUGGCUUCUUCCACCCUUACAGUUUUCGGACUUGAGCUCGCCCGAAGAGGAAGACACCCCAAGUUCUACAGAAAACGAGUGUCUCGCUGGCCGGAAUGAUGAUUCUGAGCUGUUGUCUUUGAAGGAUUUCCUAAUAAGUUCUUAA